CCCCGCGCGCCGUGGGGCGCAAAGCCAUGGACGCCGCCGGGGCAGCCGCCGCCAAACUUUUGCGAGGCUGGCUAUCUGCGAGUGCCGGGGCCUGGGAGGGGGCCCUCCGCAUACUUCUGAGCGUGGUGUCCGCGCCGAGGUCCCCGGACGCCUCCUGCCUUUAUUUCUCCUCCCCACUUUUUGGCCCGGCAGUGCCCGGCGGCGCUCGGAGUCCCGCCCUGGCCGCUCCCCGCCCCCUCGCGGCCGUUCCCACUGCGCGACUCCUUUGCCACCAAAAGGAGGGGGUGCGCGCCCAACAAAGGGACCCCGGCUCCAGGCGGUGCCACUGCAGGGGGUGGGGUGGGGUGGGUGACCGGUGGGGGCUUGGUGCUCCCCAGGCUUUGGGGGAUGGCGGGCCGCUGUCACUGACGGGGCCGCGGAGCCUCGGCCGCCACCGUCUCCCGCCCAACUUACGUGUCACCCACCGCUCCGCUAUUCUGGCCAACGGGAUUCCCGGAGGAAGUCCCACUCGGGCUCCCCGCUCAUUGGGCCGGUCCGAGCUGCACAUCCCUCCCUUCGGGGUGGCAAUGCCGGGCUCGAUUGGACGCUCGCUUUGUCCGUCCGACCCCAGGACCGCGCCUUCCCUCCCACUGCGGGGCGCCCUGGGGCUAGUGGAUCGCCCUGGCCCCUGACGCCGGGGUGCGCCCACGUGGAGUAAGGGUGGGUGGGGUGAGGCGGCGGAACUGGCGGCGGAGUGAUUGGGGUGCGCCCCGGACGUGUCCCGGCCUGCGGCUGGGCGAGUGGGCAGAUGCGAUAGACACACGGGAUGGUUACAUUUUGUCAGUACAGUCUUCGUAUUGGAACAGGAGAUGCUGUGCCAGUUGACUCUUGCCCCAUCCAGUGUACUAGUGUGAAUGCGUUACGUGCCCACAGAUGGCAGGACGUGAGCCGGGAGACUCAAGCACUCUAGCACGCUAGACUUACUGCUCAGCUGUCCACGUGGGUUGGAGAAAUCAGCUUGCCUUUGGCAGAAGGGAAAGAAAUGAUCUCAUAUUUUUCCCCCGGCUGCAAAUAGAAUAAUUUAAAAACAAAUUUUACAGGCUGAAAUGAGUAUGCAUUCAUUUCAUCAUAUGUAUUUAUUUUAUUGGUGGCCAAAGAAAUCAGUUACAUUGUUAAAUUACAUUUUAAAGGCCAACAAAGUUUCUUAUGUAAAAACAAGAAAACAAACGUAGUAAACAAAAACCUCUUCAAAGAAAAUCCGUAGUGCAUUUUUUCUUUCGGUGUACUCGAGGGAGGAAGAUUGAGUUUAUGCAUAGUAAUUUUGUUUCUGCUCUUGACCUAUAUUCUGAGAAAGUAAAUCAUUUCUCAAAUGCC